UCCUCCCUACAGAGCUGAGAUAGCGCACCCCAGAGCUGGCUGCUUCUUGAGCCGGUGCCCUCUCCCCGCAGAGCCAUGGGGGUGCUGAUGUCACGGCGGCAGACGGUGGAGCAGGUACAGAAGGUCAGCCUGGCCGUGUCGGCCUUCAAGGACGGGCUGCGAGAGCGGCCGGCCGCCAAGCGCAAGGGGGAGGCGGUGGCAGGGCCACAGCGGGGCACGCCGGAGCACGCCGUGCAGGAGGUGACUGAGGACGAGGCCGCCGGACCCUCACCGCGGCCCGAGGCCAGCGCCAACCGGGCGGCCUGGGAGCGGCUGCGGGACGGGCGAGGCGUGGAGCCCGAGGAGUUCGACCGCGCCAACCGCUUCACGCCGCCUGCCUUCGUCCGGCCCACGCGGGAGCUGGGGGACGACGAGCCGCCCGACAUCAGCCUAGAGCGCCGGGAGCAGGUCACCAAUGACGAGAUGUGCGAGAUCUGUGAAGUGUGGACGGCCGAGAGCCUGUUCCCCUGCCGGGUGUGCACGCGCGUCUACCACGACGGCUGCCUGCGCCGCAUGGGCUACCUGCCCCAAGGCAGCGCCACCGAGCUCACCGAGACGGCUCACACCGAGACCGGCUGGAGCUGCUACUACUGCGACAACCUCAACCUGCUGCUGACCGAGGAGGAGAUGUACAGCCUCAUGGAGACCUUCCGGCAGUGCCACAUCAUCCCGGACACCUGCCUGACGCUGGACGACUUCCUGGCCUACAAGCACCUGGUGCACAAGCGCCAGUUCGAGCGGCCCAUGGGGGAAGCCCAGGAGGAGCGUGCCACCCUGCAGUUCGGCGCCCUGGACCCCGACAAGCGGGGCCACGUCGAGUGGGCCGACUUCCUGUCCCACGAGUCAAUCCAGCUGCUCCAGAAGCUCCGGCCGCAGAACUCGUUGCUGCACCUGCUGACAGCCAAGGAGCGGGAGCGGGCACGUGCCGCCUUCCUGGCCCUGCCCCGGGACCCCGACGGGAGGGUCAGCCAGGCCGAGUGUCGCCGCGCCCAGCUCGCCUGGUUCCGCAAGCAUCCCCCCGAUGCCCCGUCCUGCAACGUCAGCAUCAGCCACGUGGGGCCCAUGUCAGAGAGCAGCCCCAGCAGCGCAAGCAGCAAGAGCCAGGACAAGGCCCCGGAGCAGGAGGAGCCCAGGCUCGUGGACUGGCCGUCCUUCCUGAGGGAGAACGUGGCGUACAUCCUGGCCGCCCGCCCCAACAGCCCUGCCGUCCACCUGAAGCCGCAGGUGUAGAGGCUGCCGGGGAGCGGGACGUCCCCCCAGCCCCGGACGUCGAGGCCAGGCCAGCGCCCAGCCUGGGACGAGCCCGUUUUGUAUUAGCCACGCUCGCGGCCGGCCGGCCGGACAGAUGGACGGCUUCACCCUGGACCGGGCAGGGCACAGCCUCCUACCCUGAUGCCCGCCGGGCUGGGGCAUUUGGACCAGGCCCCUGUUCCCCCCUGCACACACGUCAGCAGACUCCUGAUUGGCUGACAGAUGGCCACGCCCCCACCCCACAAGCACAUGGCCAUGCACACAGCCCUGCUGCGUGCUGCUUUCUGAUUGGCUGGGGGGAAA